AUGAAUGCUCCACCUGCGGGACAAAGGGGAGGUUUUAGAGGAGGUUUUGGUGGCAGAGGUCGUGGUCGUGGCGGUCGGCGGGGUCGUGGAGGACGUGGUCGACUGGGUAAAGAUGCGGACUGGAAACCCGUUACUAUCCUGGGGCGACUUGUGAAAGACAAAAAGAUCACUUCUUUGGAAGAGAUCUACAUGUAUAGUCUCCCCAUUAAGGAGGCUGAAAUCGUUGAUACGCUUCUGGGUCAAAAUGUUCUCAAAGACGAGGUUCUAAAGAUCAUGCCGGUCCAGAAGCAGACUUGUGCAGGUCAGCGUACCCGUUUCAAAGCAAUCGUGGCAAUGGGGGACUAUAAUGGCCACGUUGGUCUUGGCGUGAAGUGUGCUAAGGAGGUGGCCACGGCAAUUCGUGGUGCCAUUAUUCAAGCCAAGAUUUCAAUUAUUCCAGUCCGCAAGGGCUAUUGGGGUAACAAGAUUGGUAAGCCACACACUGUACCCUGUAAGGUGACUGGAAAAUGUGGUUCGGUGUUGGUGAGACUAAUCCCAGCACCUAGAGGAACUGGGAUUGUUAGUGCCCCAGUCCCAAAAAAGUUGCUUUCUAUGGCCGGUAUCGAGGACGUGUACACAAGUGCUCGAGGACAAACGGCGACUCUUGGUAAUUUUGGUAUGUCGUCCUACUUUCUGUUAACCUUUAACCCCUCUUUAGCCAAAGCCACCUAUGUUGCCAUAAGGAAAACCUACGAGUACCUUACGCCUGAUCUGUGGUCUGUAGUCCCAACCCAGAAGCAUGUUUUUGUGGAGCACGAAGCGUAUCUCCGCAAUAUUGGAAAACAGAAUGCAUAA